CCCGACCCGCGCUCGCCGCCGCGAUGUUGCCGAGCCAGGCCGGGGCCGGGAACGGCGCCGCCGCCGCGCUGGCCCGCGGCUCGGGGCUGGGCCGGUCGCCGGUGCCGCGUGGGGCGAACGGCGGCGGGGCGGCGGCGGGGGCGCCCGGGGGCUGCCUGAAGCGGGAGGCGCUGUACAGCGGCAGCGAGGGCGACUCGGAGUCGGCCGAGGAGGAGGAGCUGGGCGGCGAGCGGCGCGGCGUGAAGCGUGGCCUGGCCGAGGCGGCGGCGGCGGCGGCGGCGGCGGGGCCCGCGGCGGGAGCGGCGGCGGCGGCCGCCUACAGCGGCGGCGGGGGCGGCGGGGCCGUGAGCGGCGCCAAGCCCGGGAAGAAGACGCGGGGCCGGGUGAAGAUCAAGAUGGAGUUCAUCGACAACAAGCUGCGGCGCUACACCACCUUCAGCAAGAGGAAGACCGGCAUCAUGAAGAAGGCCUAUGAGCUCUCCACGCUGACUGGCACUCAAGUCCUGCUGCUGGUGGCCAGCGAGACGGGCCAUGUGUACACGUUUGCCACGCGGAAGCUGCAGCCCAUGAUCACCAGCGAGACGGGGAAGGCGCUGAUCCAGACGUGCCUCAAUUCCCCGGACUCGCCGCCACGCUCAGACCCCACCACUGACCAGCGCAUGAGUGCCACUGGUUUUGAGGAGACGGACCUCACCUACCAGGUGUCCGAGUCGGACAGCAGCGGGGAGACCAAGGACGCCCUGAAACCCGCGUUCACUGUCACCAACCUGCCGGGAACAACGUCCAUCCAGACAGCCCCGACCACCUCGACCUCCAUGCAGGUCAGCAGUGGCCCGUCAUUCCCCAUCACCAAUUACCUGGCGCCAGUGUCUGCCAGCAUCAGCCCCAAUGCCGUCACCAGUGCCAACGGGACAGUGCUGAAGACUACUGGAGCCAGUGCAGUGACGUCUGGGGGCCUCAUGCCGAUACCCACUGGCUUCACCCUCAUGUCAGGUGGUACCAUGGCUCAGCAGGUUCCAGUCCAGGCAAUCCAGGUGCACCAGGCACCGCAGCAAACGUCUCCCUCUAGUGACAGCAGCACUGACCUUACCCAGACCUCUUCCAGCGGAACAGUGACCCUCCCAGCGACCAUCAUGACGUCGUCUGUGCCAACCACCGUGGGCGGCCACAUGAUGUACCCCAGCCCGCACGCGGUGAUGUACGCGCCCACCUCCGGCCUGGCCGACGGCGGGCUCGCCGUGCUCAACGCUUUCCCGCAGGCGCCCUCAGCCAUGCAGGUGUCCCAUGGCCAGGUCCAGGAUCAGGGUGGCGUCCCCCAAGUGUUCCUGACAGCCCCAUCAGGCACGGUUCAGAUCCCAGUCUCAGCUGUCCAGCUUCACCAGAUGGCUGUCAUCGGGCAGCAGAGCAGCAGUGGCAGCAGCCUGACGGAGCUGCAGGUGGUCAACUUGGACACCUCACACAGCGUCAAGAGUGACUGAGAGGCCUCUGCUGCCGGCCUUCUGUUUUCUGGCUUGUCAUGCCAGUGUUGGGGCUGGCAGCGACUCCUUCUCGUACAGACUGCACCAGUUAUUUAUUGUUGCCUUUUCACGUUUCCUUCAUCCACACAUGCACACACACACACGCACUCACCCACCCCCACACACACAGGCAUGCGCGUGGGGCUGCAGGACCCACCCCGGGUGGAGCCGUGCUGGGGCCGUGCAGGGCUUGGGGCAUUUGGAUGCUGCAAUAGCUGUGCUUGUCUCACGCCAGCCAAAGAAAUUUGUCUUUUGAGGGGAGGAUUGCUCUGCACUGUAAAUAAAUACUGCAGGCCAUUCCCAGCUGGAGGCUCUGGCUCCUUCUGGGUGCUCUGAGUCACCUUGCCCAUGAGUAUUUACUCUGCGUGGGGCUCAGCUUAGACCCGGAGCUGUCGUGCAGGUGCAGCUUGGAGCAGAGUGGGUUGUGGCUGUGCUGCUGGCCUCAGCAAUGUGCCUUUGUGGGGGUGACAGGUCCUGGCCGCAGCAACUCACCCUGGGCUCCGGACAGGAGAGAAGGGCCAGCUUGCAUGUGCAUCUCUGGGCCUGCAUGCCCUCUCCCCGGAGGGCAGGACACAGCUGGUGGCACGUGGCCCUGUCCUCCUCGUAUGCACUACAGUGAGCCCUCUGCCCUCAGUGCCUCCUCGCUGGGCUGCCUGGCAGAUUUACAGCCUGACUGGCCCUGCCCCGGCGGCUGCCCUUGCACAGGUGAGGUGGUGAGAUAGAUGCCCAGGAACACAAAGAUGCCCUGGCGAGCUCCUCAGGGGCCCUGUGCUCUGCUCAGCCCCGCACUCUCAGCCCUCACCCUGCUUCUGGACUCCAUACACCCAGGGGAACGUGGCUGGGUCUGUCCUACAUCCCCCUGCAGCUCCAGCCAGCGCUUUCUAAAUUUCUGUAUCUGAUGCAAGGUGGAGAAACAACUCAAAUGUCAAAGGGAAGAGCCCGUGGGGCACUGAGCUGCUGGGCAGGUGGCAGGCUCUUCCUCUGAGCACCAGGGUGACCUGCAGGCCAUCCUGGGCUGCGGGGGAGCAGCUGUGAUGCCUGUACAAGCUCAGCAAGGCUGGGGGAGAAGGGCUGGGGCAUGCUUGGUCCUGCAUGGGAAUUGCUGUGAAUGGCUCUGCUACCUAGCCCUGUCCCUGGAGGGAGAGUGAGCAAGUGAGAGAAGCUGCUGAGUCCUUAGGGGAAGAAGCAGCUACUGUAACUUUUUUUUUUUUUUUAAGUUAAAAGACAAAAGAAGCCUUGGAGAGAAAAAAAAAAAAAAAAAGAAAAAAAAGAAAAUUACUUUAUUUUUCUAAGUGUUAAACUCAGUAUUUAUGUAAUUCUUUAAGGAAUAAAAGUUUGGCUCCUGUACAGUUUUAAUGGGGUUUGUA